UGUCAAAAUCAUGUGGUGCAUGACAUUGACGUUAUUCUAACCUUGUUUUAUUAUUAAUGCAGUGUUAUUAUUUUGAAUUUUUAUCACAAUGAAGAAACCAAAAGGAGGACCUCGUCCUAAAAUAGUUAAUACACGUAAAGCUAUACGAAAGGAAAAAAGGCAGCAAAAGAAGUUACAUAAACAAGUGCACUAUCAGAAAAAGAAAUUGGUUGGAGAUGGGAAAAAAUUUGAACCGGGAAAGUUUGUUAAACUUCCAACGGGUCAAGAAGAAAUUUCCAAGGCAGAUAAGAAAAAGAAGAAUAAAAAGCAACCAUUGUUCUUGGACAUCCUUAAUAAAGAAAGACAAAAAGAUAUGAAUGUAGCGAAGAAACUGAAAUCGGAAAUGGAAGAACAAAGAAGACAAAUACUACUCAAAGCUAAUGAAGAUGAAGACAAGGUUAUUAAAAAACUAGAGAAACAACUUGGAUUGAAUAAAUCUAAAAAUAAAAACAAUUAUUUUGCUGAUGAUGGAUUGGACUAUUUAUUAGAAAUUUGUGAUAGAACUACUUCUGAGCAGAUUGUGGCCGCGGAGAAACAUUUAGCUGAUGUUGAAGGUGAUUCAGAUUUUGAGGAAGAUUUGGCUGUGGUUACUGGGAAGAAAUUACCUGAUGAAAAGGAACAAGGAAAGGAGAAAAAGAAGAAACAUAAAAGUGCUUUAAAAGCGGAAGAUUCUAAAGAUGAUUUUAGUAUGGGAGAGAGUGAUGAACAAAGUAUGUUAGAUGAUGAUGAAAAUGUUGAAGAUGAAGAAUUCAGUGAUCUGGGAGAUGAAGAAGAAAGUAAUUAUGAAUCGGAAAUAGGUGAAGAUGAAAGCAAAAAUAAAACAAAAUCAGAUAAAAAAGAAAAAAUAAUAUCUGAAGAUGAUUUAAAUAAAGUAUUCAGUGAUGAUGAAGUAUCACAUUUGUCUGGUGAUGAAGAUUUAGAUGGAUCUGACUUAGAAAGUGGUGAAGUAAAUGUGCCAGAAAGAAAUGAGAAAGAGAAACCUGAUGUUUGGGAGGAUAUCUACGGCAGGAAGAGGGACAAGGAUGGCAAUAUUAUAAAAGAAGAGAAAGGAAUUUACAUUCCUCCACAUUUAAGAAAUAAAGAUUCCGCUUCCGAUAAGGAUUUAGUGCAACUAAAUAGACAAAUUAAAAGCAUUCUGAACAAGCUAUCAGGUAGUAAGUUGCACUGGGCGUGCUCCUCCAUCGAGGGUUUGUACGGUAGCCACAGCCGGGACGCGGUGAGCGGCGCGCUCUGCUCGCAGUGGAGCUGCGCCACAGUGACCUCCUCCGCCGCGCCCGACCGUCUGCUGGCCGAGCACGCCGCGCUGCUCGCGCUGCUGCAUGCCAACGUCGCCACUGAAGUCGGCGCCCACUUUCUGGAGGAGCUGUGUCUUAUGUUUGACAAAAUGGUUGACACCGAGCAGGCCGUUGAGGACAAACGUCUUGACAAUUUAACGGCCUGUCUCGCAUAUUUAUAUAGUUUUAAGAUCUUCGACAGCGCUCUAAUGUACGACAUCUUGGGUCGUCUCCUUCACAAGAUAUCAGAGAAGCAUUGUGACUGCGUGCUGCGCGCACUGCGCUGCGCCGGCGACGUGCUGCGCAGAGAUGAUCCUCUGGCACUCAAAACAUUCAUACACGACACGCAGACACGUGUCGCUAAGUUGAACGAGCAAGCUGCUACAGGAUCUCGAAUAAAGUUCUUACUGGAAGUGCUACUCGCUGUGAAGAACAACAAUCUGAACAAGAUCCCAAAUUACGAGCCGACAUACGUGGAGAGUUUGAAGAAGUUGUGUCGCGGCGUGGUGCGGCGCGGCAACACUCUCACCACGCUCAACCUGCGUCUCCACGACUUGCUCACAGCGAAUGAGCGAGGCAAGUGGUGGAUAGUGGGGUCAGCGUGGGCGGGCAACCGGCCGCAGCAGGCGCCCACAGCCGCGCCCUCAGCCGCCCCCGCGCCCACAGCAGACCACAAGCUGCUGGAGCUGGCGAGGCAGCAGCGCAUGAACACUGACGUGCGCAGGAGUAUCUUCUGUGUCAUCAUGGCCGCACAGGACUACAUGGAGGCGUUCGAGAAGCUGCAGCAGCUGUGCCUGCGCGGCGAGCAGCAGCGCGAGGUGGUGCACGUGCUGCUCGCCUGCGCGCUGCAGGAGAACUCUUACAACCCGUACUACGCGCUGCUCGCCAACAAACUCUGCCAGUACGACAGGAAGUACCAGUUAUCAAUCCAGUUCUCUGUGUGGGAUAAGAUCAAGGAGCUGGAGUCUGUGAGGAAGCAGGCGCUCACAAACUUGGCGCAGCUUCUUAUACAUUUGAUCAUGGAGAAAGCAUUGCCGCUCUCAGUACUUAAGAUAAUACAAUUCUCAGAUUUAAACAAGAAGUCAGUUCGCUUCAUGCGUCAGAUCUUGCUGGCUGUGAUAAUGAACGCAGAUCUCCAGGCUUCCCUGGAAGUCUUCCACAGGAUAUCAAAGUCUCCCAAACUGCACAUGUUCCGUGAAAGUCUACGGUUAUUUAUACAACACUUCCUCAUCAAGAACGCAGGCAAAAAGAGCAGUAUACUGAGCGAAGAAGAAAUGGCGACAUUGAAAGAACGAGCCUCAGAAGUUGAUAAAAUAUUAACACAACACGAAUCUAAGCUUAAAUUUUGAAUUAAAAUUAUUUUCAUUA